GAGGCUCCGGACGGCGCCAGCCCGCAGCCGGCCGGCGGGGCCGAGAGCCCCGCGCGCGGCAGCCUCGGCGAGCAGGCGGACGAUGAGUGGGUGGUGGCGGAGGACGCGUGCACCCUGGAUGCGGUGGGCAGCACCAUGAAGCUCCCGACCUCGUUGUAUUCUCGCCUCGGCUAUGGCUACCAACGGCAGGGCGUUACUUGGAUGCUGAAGUUGUUUCAAAAGGAGAGCGGCGGUAUCCUCGCGGACGAGAUGGGCCUGGGUAAGACGGUGCAGUGCGCGGCGUUCCUUGCGAGCCUCCGCUUCUCCCACCAG